CUCCUCCUCUUCCUUCUUCUUCUCCUCCUCCUCUUUCUCCUCUUCUUCCUUCUUCUCCACCUCCUCCUUCUCAUCUUCCUCAUUCUCCUCCUCCUUCCUCCUGCCCAUACUCCUCCUCCUCCUCCUCCUCUUCCUCAUGCUCCUCCUCUUCCUUCUUCUUCUCCUCCUCCUCUUUCUCCUCUUCUUCCUUCUUCUCCACCUCCUCCUUCUCAUCUUCCUCAUUCUCCUCCUCCUUCCUCCUGCCCAUACUCCCCCUCCUCCUCCUCCUCUUCCUUCUUCUUCUCCUCCUCCUCUUUCUCCUCUUCUUCCUUCUUCUCCACCUCCUCCUUCUCAUCUUCCUCAUUCUCCUCCUCCUUCCUCCUGCCCAUACUCCUCCUUCUCCUCCUCCCAGGCCCCACCGUCUCCGUCUGUACGCCUCGGCGCAUGGAUGCCAACAGCCGGCCGCCCUACCACCACCUACCCAGUAGAGCCACCGCCUCCGCCUCCGCCUCUUCCUCCGGCCCCGGCCCCGACUCCGGUCUACCACCUGCAGCCUGGCUCGCCUCGGGCCGCCCCGCCUUACCGCCUUCCUCCUCCUCCUCCUCCUCCUCCUCUUUUGCCAGCCUGACACACCCGGCCCACCCACAGCGGCAGCCGGCGGCAUCGCUCCACUCCGGAACCACGCCCUUCCACGCCGCCACGGUCGGGCACUCGGAGCUCGCCUGUCAGACCAAUCUGUCCUCCGAGCUAAUGUUGAUGAUGCUGGCGGCGCGCCGGCAGCUCGAGGCCAGUCUGGCUCAGGCGCCCGCGACCUCGACCACCACCACGUCCGUCGAGCCAUCUCACGAGGCCGGACCGGCCCGACUCACGCCCACCCUCAACAGCCACUUUCUGCCCGUCAACUCAGGCGUCGGCAUGAGUUCCGCCAAGCGACCCGAGGUGCAAAUGAACCGGCCUCUUGGCUGGCAAGGCACAGCAAACCCUGUCGACUGGUUGGCCGGCGGCCAACUUCAGCCCCAACUCCAACCCAGCCUCCAACAGGCGUCUGGGGCCUCAGCGUCUGCCAGUACGUCAAGUGAGACUGUGGAGGCGAACACUUUUGCCUCCUUGAUGACACACGCCUAUGCCGAAUGGCUGCGAGUCAUGUACUCACAUCAUCAGCCCCAUCAUCACCAUCACCACCAUCAUCAACAGCAUCACCAACAGCAGCAGUAUCAAGAGCAGCAACAGCAGCAUCAGAAGUUGGCGCAAAAAGCGUCAAGUGGAGGGGAUCAGACGACACCCGGUGAGUCCGCACUUGGAGUAAAAACGCUCAUGUUGUCCUGUCACUUACAAAUUGGUUCUAAAUAA